UUCCGAAAAAUUUCCUCAGGAGAUAGGCAAUAUCAGGCACCACCAACAUUGUGCCAUUCAUCAUUCCAAGGGCCGGUCAAUCAUAACAUCCUGUCAACUUUACGGGCUUUUCUGGUGACGAUGAUGCGCAGAAGAUGUAGGACAGUUUAAGCCUGGUCUGGAAGCAAACCCCUACAUUGGAGUUUAUGGUGGAAGAUAGAGUAGAGGUCUUGGUCGACGAUAAGGGUGAAAGGGCAGAACUGGCUGCUGCGACUAGGGAACUAAGAGCUGUCCAUCCGUAUGAAGAGAUUGCAUAUGACGUUUAUCGAUUAGAACAUAGACAAACGUGGAGGCUUCGUCGUUCUUGGUUUUAUCGAAUCUUGCUUUGAAUGAGGAAAUUUAGCCCCCCCAUCACCAGGCUUGUCUACCCUGGAUCGGAUUACUGGAGACGUGUUUCUCUUCGUCGCAUUUUAUGCAUGGAUACCAAGCGCUAGUGUCACCAUCGACGGUUCCUCCUACCAAAUAAUGUCCAUGAAGUCGUAUAUUGCAAUGUGACAUAAUGUUGCAAAAUCGUAUAUGAAUUGCGAUGUCUAUUUCCCAAUAACUUGACCUGCGAUCG